AUGGCCAUCUAUCGUUUCGAUACUGGAAAAUUCAGUCGUGACCUCAUUAAUCUCGGAUUAAAGAAAAAUAUAGAAGAAAAUAUAAGAUCUGCACUGCAAAUGUAUCAAGAUGCUAGUUCGUAUGGUGGGACUAGAUCAGCAACCCUUACGAGCGCAUCGCAAUACCUUUUCUCCGCCCUGGACAGCAGAGCGUACAUAAGAUCGACCACCGUCCUGCUGCCUUCAUCCUGGCCGGAUUCCUGCGUAUCGUCCGCCAUUUUGUCCUCUUCCGGGGAGACCUCUGACGUCACCGUCCAGCCCACCGACCCCAAUCGGGGACAAAUUUGGACGCAACAAUCGUUAGGAUGCGGACAAAAAGGCGACCAAAUCUUCAUGGGAUACGAAAGUCUGCUGUCGAGGAAUAGUCAACUAGCUCGAUACCUGAUCAAACAAUUCGCCAUGUAUCGCUACGGUGUCUUCGAAGAACAAGGAUACUUUAAUGACCCAAUUUACCCCAUGUGCUACUAUGACGAUCAAAAUGGACAAGCCAAAGUCACCGGUUGCUCAGAUCUACCAAUUAGAGAUAAUGGAAUCUGUUCUACCGCUAAUGCCGAAUACAACCGCACCAAAAUGGUGGACCGAAAUGCUAGAUCCUCCAUAAUGUUCGCUGCUGAAUCUCCAUCGGUCUCCAUGUUCUGUGAUGAAGGCAACCACAAUCGUCUAGCUCCGACCAAACACAACUUCUUAUGCGACCGUAGAAGCGUCUUAGACGUCAUCAUAAACCACGAGGACUUCUCCGGAAGCGAACAAAACAACUUGGCUGGCAAUCAGAUAACCAACACCACGCCCAGAAUCGUCUACAAGAAGCAGAACAUCACCCGCUACGUUUUCGUCAUCGAAAACUCCAAGGAUAUGAUGCAGCGGGAGUCUUGGAGCUAUCUCAGGCUGGCUAUGAGACAAUGGGCUAGAUACGUUCUACCGGAGAAUACCGAAAUCGGCAUGGUUCUCUUCGAUUCAGUACAGCCUAGAAGAGCCUUGAAUAUAGUAUCAGCCAAACAUGGAGAUAACAGAGACAAGUUUUAUUCCUCCAUACCUUACACACCAAGUGAGAGUAUGCAACCUGGUUGUCUCUUUUGCUCCUUGAACGAAGCUGCAAUAAUGCUUAAUGACCGCACUAGAUCACAUGGUCCAGCGAACAACAUCAUUGUGGUUAUUGCUACCGGCAUGACCAAAGAUGAUAGCAUGAAGAAGACUGUUGAGGAUUUGAAGAAGACUAGCAUCAAAGUAGCGACCAUCAACUAUCCUAAUGUGGUCAGAACGAGCACUCUGAACGAUUUAGCUAUAGAGACUGGUGGAGCUUACUACACUGUCUUCGAAGAAAAACUCAACGUGGACACAACUCUGCUCACCACUUACUUUGAGCUGCACAAUGUUCUGUACGAUCUAGUUACAAGGUUCAGCUCUGUUGCACAAUCUUUCCUGCCGAUGGAGAUCCAUCGCAGGGAGAUAACUGAUGAUGGAAGAACCUCUGUGACUGGGAGUUUUAUGUUGGAUCCAAAUAUGGGAGAACCAGCGCAGUUCACUUUUUUCACCCACAACACGGUCACUCCUCUGAUCAAGGGGUUGAAGCUAAUCAGCCCUAGCCAUCAGACCUUUGACAGUCGGAAUGACAAGCUGAUUGAUUUCAAGAUGAUCACUUUGAAUGCCAAUAUCUCCGAGACUGGUACUUGGACUUACAUCGUAGAAACGUACGCUGGCAAUCCACAGCCACAUUUCAUCCAAGUGAUGGCAACUCCAAAAUCUCCGUUUAGUCCAGUCGUCAAAGCGAACUUUAGGACCCACAAAAAUUCCGAAAAUAGUCCCAUCAUUCUUCUAGCCGAAGUAAAAUAUGGCGACCUACCAAUAUUGGGUGCCAAAGUUGAUGUGAUCGUCAGCAAGCCCGGAAUCAACGGUUCUAUGCCAUUGGAAGCCAGGUUGGAACUUUUGGAUACCGGAGCUGGUGAUCCGGAUAUCACCAAGGGUGAUGGAAUUUAUACCAAAUACUUCAGUGCAGUUGAAUGGGGACCUGGAUUCUACACCUUUGAAGUAGUUGUGAGCGAUAACGGAAACACUGCUUAUACAUGGACUGGCUCUAAGAAGAAUGAAAAUGAACCAUGUUGUGGCAGUUCAGUGACAUCGAACGGAGUCCAACCCAUAUCGCCAUUCCAACGCGUCCUACCCAAGCUAACCCUCCACAUAACCGCCGCAGAAAUCCAGGCAACCCACCAGGCAUCAGUAGGCCGCAUCGGAGACCUGAAAGCCGAAACCAUCCCUGACGAUCUCAAAGCCAGACUUUCCUGGACAUCGCCCGACAUGGGAGGAAACACCGUCUCCAACUACGAAAUCCGUUACGCCACUUCAGUCUUGGACAUCAUGGAUAAGUUCGAGACCAAAGCGGCCCUAUGGGACAACGGACAACCUUUCCCCUUAGCCCCUGGCUCAGAAACCACCUUCACUUUAGACUUGAACCAGAAGAGGGAUCUGCUCAACAAGACCUUGUACUUUGCCAUCAAAGCUCACUCCAAAGUGUCUUCUAAUAUAACUGGACCUAUUUCCAAUUGGGUCAGAGUGUUCGUACCUGCUCCACCGCCACCUCCAACUAUUCCCCCAACUCACCCCUCCGAUGAACAGUCUUAUUGGCCGAGCAAUGGGGAUCCUCAAGGAAAUGGUCCUGUCACUACCAGUAUCGCUAGCUCUAUGCCUGUAGGCUUGGAACUCAUUCUACCAGUGGUGAUUGGCUUGAUCCUCCUGGUCGUUCUCCUCAUCCUCUACUGCUACUUCUGCGUGGUGAAAAGGAAGAGGCAGGAAGACAAGAACACUAAGAAGGCUAGCGUGAUCAAUAAAGAUGCUCUCAGCUCUACCAUCACUAUUGUGCCUAGCUCCCCUCAGAGCACCCCUCAGAGCAUUAACCAAAGCUAUGAUUCAGACCCUCAUCAGGUUGGUUUACCUGUUAGUAACUAUGGUUAUGAGGAUGACACCAAGAAGCGGUAUUCUCUGGUUAAUCAGCAAGAGCAGCAGCUGAUCGAGGAGCUCAAGCACCAACAGCAGAUGCAGCAACAUAACUAUGGGGGUGUUAGCGUUAUUUCCAAUAAUACGAUCAACAGGCAACAACCGAUUUUGAGCCCUUACAACUCUUGGAGCGCUUCCCAGCUCCUCCACGAGCAUGAAACUAGGAGGAGGAGUCCUAUGGAAGGGAAUUUGAUGGAACACGAGCAGGAGAUGAUGUUGAAUGGAGACCACAUGGACCAUAUGAGCUUGAACGGGCACCAGAUUCAGGAACACUAUCCUCCACCUGUACCUCCGCUACCUGUGUUCAAUGACGGGAGGUUUCCUGUUAACUAUGACGUUUAUGGGGUACACCAGGGACCUAUUCCGCAGGAGCAUUCCAUUUACCAGAGUAUGCAGAGAAGGGAACAGUUUAAUCCUAGUGUGCAGGGUUCUCUGAGCUCUGUCAACUCUGGGGAGAAGAAGAGGAGGAAUGUAACGAUGGUGUAACAAUAUGUUACUGUGGUGGAUACUGUGAGAGUGAGAAAAUUCGAGACUCAUGCCACUUAUUGUUGAAGGGGAGUUGUUCCUUGUGUUGUAUUAUUUUUGUAAAUAGUUUGUUUUUGUUACUAGUCAUGUCCUUUGGCAUUGUUUUUGAUGGUGUAAUUUUUGUAUCAAUGAUUAUCACUAUAGAGCCAGUACUUAAAUGAUGAAGGAGUGUCAUUGUUGUGGGUAUAUGUACUAUGUAGAUCUGUGAAGCGUACAAAGUUUCGUGAGUUUGUUAAGACUGAUCUCUCGCAUUAUUUAGAAUUAUUUGAUUCGUCACUGUUGUGAGUUGUAAUUUUGUUCAAUAUGUGUAUAUUACUUUAGAUUUAGGAUUGAUAAACAAAGUUUUGUACAUAUUUUUCAACCAGUAAUAUUCUAGUAAGAAUUAAAAACUUAUUCGUAUA